AUAAUUUCUGUUCAUUUUUUUUCCUUCUUAUUCUUCUCUGCAACUUAUUUCUUUAUUCAUCAUCAGGUGAAGGAAGCUUUAAUUUGUCUCUGAUCUCACAACAACAACAACAACAACAACAAAAUCAGAUCUUUAUAGUGGGAAUAAGAGUGACACUCAUGAAAUCUGCUUCCAGUAUUGACGAGUUUGACCUCGACCUGUCGCUGGGCAUGAACAACGGGUGCGGCGGCGGCAGCUCGGAUGAAUCCGCCGGAAACAGUAAUAAUAAUAGCUACAGUGAGCUGCCGGCGCCGGCGCCGGCGAGCAGUAGUAGUAGUAGUAGCCCAAGAGUAUUCACAUGCAAUUUCUGCAAGAGGGGAUUUUACAGCUCGCAGGCGCUGGGGGGCCAUCAGAACGCCCACAAAAGGGAGCGGUCGCUGGCCAAGAGAGCCAUGCGAAUGGCCGCCAUCUUCUCCGGCGGCGACCACAAACAUCAUCAUCAUCAUCCCACCUUCCCAUCUCCAGGCUUGUUACAUACCUACUCAUCUCCCACCACCAGGCCUCUGGAAAUCAAAGCCCAUUCAUUCAGUAAUGGGUUUGACCCAACAAUGAGCCCACUCGAUUACAGAGCCCACUCAAAGUUCGAACCCGGUUUACAUGCCCAACCAGUAUGUGUGGGAGAUGAUGGAAUGAAGAAGCAGCUUCUUGGGAAGGACAUGGCUGCACCAGACCUAACCCUAAGGCUCUGACAAGUUUGCCACUAAUGGCAUGUUCUUUUGACAUCAAUUUUGGGUGUCAUAAUAUGACUCCGGCAUCUUACAGUGUUUCUUUGCGCCCGGAACGAAGUAGGUGAUACCAAAAUGGCCAGAGGGACGGGGGGUAAGGAUUACGAAGGUAGAACCGGUUUCGGGGUCCAACGGGACAUUGUAAAACAUUUAAAUAGUCGGUGUCAUAAUAUGACAUAAAAAUGGAUAUGAGAACGAACCUAGCUCAAUAUAUGGCAUAUCAUCACCUUUGGUAUUUAAUUUGUGUUUUUGAAGAUGUUUUUUAGUGGAGAGGAUAAUGUGUUAGAUAUUUGGAAUCUUAUUAGUUCAAUGCUUGUUUUUGAUAGGGGAAAAUUUGGUGGAUGUGUUCAUUGUAAAUUUAUUAUCAUACCUUACUUUGUGCAUGUGAUUAAAUACAUAUAGUUUGU